GUUGUUGUUGUGACCGACAAACAGUCAAUCGUUCAUUUAUUUAUAUUUGUACUCCGAAAUAAACAGAAGGUUGUUUUAAUUUCUCUUUGGCGAUGGCGAGUUUGGAUGAAAAGUGGAAAGCUGUGGACAACUUUGAGUCUAUUGUGGUAGAUCGUGAAAGAGAUGUUUUUCGAGUGACAGAAGAGUUGUAUGAUCUUCAUAAAGGCCGAAAGCAACUCAGGGAUGUAACAAGUAGUUGCAACUAUCGCUUGACGAUACCAUUUGCCCCCCAUCUCUUUGGCUCGGGCAAAACGACCUUUGCCCGAACCUAUUUGGAGUUGGUGCAAAGGUUUGGUGAAACUUUUCUGUCGACGUUUGCUUCGGACCCUUCGAGGAGAACCUUUUUGGAGAAGCUGAAAAGGGCUUCGUUGCUUUAUGCGGAUUUAAAGGAGUUGGAGCCCACAGACCCGAAAGAACGCAACCUUGAGUGGGCAGUCUACUAUUUGUUAAUAAAGGCUGCCUGCUCUCAAGUUGGCGCGGAAAUUUUGCGAAAGAAAGAAGCCUUCGAAAUGGUGGAUAUGGAACCCUCCAACCUAGUUCGACUUUUACGAGAUAUACUAAGGAUUCCUUCUGAUCAAUAUCUUCUUCUAGCUUUUGAUGAAGUUGGUGUCCUAGACGAAAGUCUCGACGAAUUUCAUUUCAAGAGAACCCAUGACGGUAGAGUUCGACCUUACAAUGACUUUUUCGGUAUCAUUAGUCAAUUGUGCAAAGAACCCGACUUGUUUUUUAUAGUUGUUGGGAAAAGCAAGGGUUUAAGUAUUAAGAAUUAUGUGGCUUUUGGGCUAUCAAGAGUUAUACUACAUUUUAUCCCUUUAUCAGCUUUGGACGCUUCCAGUAUCGUUGAAUUCCUUGAAAAGACUCUUCUAAAGACACCUACUCACGAACCAGUUUGUAAUGUCUUAUGUAGUUCUUCAUUUUCAGUAAAUGAAUUGGCAGAUUCAUUAUUGGAAUUGACUGGUAGUGUUCCUGGUUUACUUGUUCGAGCAAUCAGUUACCUUUUGCUGUAUAAAUCAUCCAACAACAAUUUCUUAUUAUCUAAGGAAACCUUCUUGAUCAUAAUGAAUAGCUUUCUAGUAACAAAUUAUUGUGUUGCGCCAUUCUUACCUCGUCUGAUAAGUCUCAGUGAGCAGCGUAAGCGCUUGUUAAGAAUGCUUACGUUAUUAUCUUUGUAUCGUAUUCGAUUUGAUUUUGAUGAAACUGUGCAAAUAAGCUCCAAUUCUGAUGUGUUUUUGUUUGAUCUAGUUACAGAUAUGUGUCUCUAUCGUCGAUUGGUUAUAGAACCAGACCGCAACGAACGCUGUGAAGUGUUGAUUCCCAAGUUACUGAUUGGAUAUAUUGACCAAGGCUUAAAGGAUGAUCGUUUAGAAUGGUUACUUUUACAGACUCUCAAGUCUCAAUCUGUUGAAUUCUUUUAUGAGUCGAAAUGUCGAAUUUUGGAAGGUCUUAUUGCUACACUGUUUUAUUUACAUUUUUCUCGGCAUCCUACAAACAGCUCAAUGUUUUCUACUCUUGGUCAAUUGUCUCGUGUUUGGAAUGAAAUGAAUUUGCAAUUUUCUUCCGAAUCUGCUGCUUAUUAUAUGAAAUCUAUACAUUAUACCAGAGCUGUAUCAGGAACAGAGAGAAUGACAUUUGGAAGCAAUGAUGAAUGGGAAAGGAUAGUGGAAGAAAUGUUAGAAUUUGAAAAGAUAUAUAUUCCAUUUCAUUCAACAUCCCAUAGUCCAGAUAUAUUAUUCAAGUUGCAUGGAAGAACGAAUGAGAAGAACUUGAUGAUUGUGGGUAUUGCUUGUAAAGGCCGAUGGAGUCGUAAUGGUAUUCGAUGGAAUGAAAUUUUGGAAGAAGCUCACAAGUUUUUAAAACCAGUUCAUGAUCUAGUAUUGACUAGUCAUUCUACAUGGCAUUGUAUGUUGAUUAUUAUGAGUACUCAGUUAGCAACCAACGUAUCUGAGGACUUGAAUCAUUCUAGUCGUUGUUAUUCAUCUGGCGAUAGUGUUGAAGAUUUCGUGAUUCCUCACAACUGUGAAUUGGUUAUUCUUUCUGAAGCUGAUGUAGAAAACUUUAUUGGCAAAGACAUUUUAUCGAAUUUAAGGAACGCUUUCAAGUCUGUGGAUAAUCCACAUUCGAGAAAUAUUGGCAUUGCAACGUUACAAGAAAUAGUUUUAUCUCUUUCCAAAAAUAUUUAAGAAUAAAUCGUUAUUGUUCUUU